UUGUUAGUAAACAUGCUACAAAAUCAGUCCUGGACCUGGAGUUUUGCGAAUCCUUGUUAAUGGCCAACAAUGGUGAACCCCCACGAUGAUAGUGUACCCAUCAACGACAUCUCCACUCUCCCUCUCCAGAAAACUCUGAUCCUCAAUAAAUGUUUAUUCAUUUCCGAGACUCCUCUACUCGUCACCUCCUGCGCUCUCCACUGAGAUCAUUCCACAUCUCCCGGACCCUCCAAUGGAAGCUCCGGGACGAGUUCAAGCUGACCCGUCCCGAGCUAGUCGACCGUAUCUCCAGCCUUCUCGUUCUCCAACGUUUCGAUGCUCUUACAAAGCUCUCCUUCCAGUUCUCAGACGAACUCCUUGAUUCCGUUCUGCGAAAUUUGAGGUUAAACCCUAGUGCCUGUUUAGGGUUUUUCAGGUUGGCCUCGAAUCAACAAAACUUUAGACCUAAUAUAACGUCUUACUGUAGAAUUGUACAUAUAUUGUCUAGAGCACGUAUGUAUGAUGAAACCAAAGCGCAUUUGAAGGAAUUGGUAACUAUAUGUAAGAAUAACCACUCGGCAUUUUUUAUUUGGCGUGAGCUUGUCAGUGUUUACGAGGAGUUUUCUUUUUCUCCAACUGUUUUUGAUAUGAUUUUAAAGGUAUAUGCUGAGAAGGGCCUUACAAAGUAUGCAUUACACGUGUUUGAUAAUAUGGGUAAGUGUAGUAGCUUGCCUAGCUUGAGGUCUUGCAAUUGUUUGCUGAGUAACUUGGUGAAAAACGGCGAACAUCACACUGCUAUACUUUUGUAUGACCAGGUAAUAAGGCUUGGCAUUGUUCCUGAUACUUUUACAUAUUCUAUAAUUGUGAAUGCCUACUGUAAGGAAGGUAGAGUAGGUAGAGCUGCGGACUUUGUCAAAGAAAUGGAGAGUUCUGGUUUUGAGCCAAACACAGUGACUUACAAUAGUUUGAUGCAUGGUUAUGUUAGUUCGGGAGAUGUGGAGGGUGCAGAAAAAGUGUUGAAGUUGAUGUCUGAAAAGGGUGUUUUAAAAAGUGUAGUCAGUCAUACCCUUUUGAUUAAGGGUUACUGCAAGCAAUGUAAGAUGGAGGAAGCAGAGAAAGUUCUUCUGAGAAUGAAAAAAGAUGAGUCAAUAACUGUGGAUGAGCGUGCUUAUGGUGUAUUGUUAGAUGGGUAUUGUCAAACUGGAGAAAUGGAUGAUGCUAUUAGGAUCCAGGAUGAGAUGUUAAAGUUAGGCUUAAAGAUGAAUGUUUUCAUUUGCAAUUCCUUGGUUAACGGUUACUGUAAAACUGGUCAAAUUGAUAAAGCAGAGGGAAUAGUGAAGCGCAUGAGAAGCUGGCACCUAAAACCAGAUUCCUUUAGUUAUAAUACUCUGGUAGAUGGAUACUGUAGGGAAGGUCAAACAAGUGAAGCUUUCGUGCUUUACGAAAAGAUGCUUCGGAAAGGGGUUGAACCAACUGUUGUAACUUAUAAUACUCUUCUCAAGGGUUUAUGUCAUGCAGGCGCUUUCAAUGAUGCUUUGCGUCUUCGGGAUUUAAUGGUGAAAAGAGGUGUGGUGCUUGAUGAGAUUGGAUAUUGUACUCUGCUUGAUGUGUUCAUCAAAAUGAAAGAUUUUGAUGGCACCAUGAGUCUAUGGAAAGAUAUUUUAGCUCGGGGCUUUACUAAGACCAGGUAUCUUUUCAACACAAUGAUAAACGGACUAUGCAAGAUGGGGAAAAUGGUUGAAGCGGAGGACCUUUUCAUCAAGAUGAAGGAGCUUGGAUGUGCCCCCGAUGAAGUAACUUAUAGAACCCUGAGUGAUGGAUAUUGUAAAGUUGGAAAUAUUGAUGGAGCUUUCAAAGUAAAGGACUUGAUGGUUUCAGAAUCAAUAUUUCCUUCCAUUGAAAUGUACAAUUCUCUGAUUACUGGAGUCUUUAAGUCAAGGAAAUUAAGUAAAGUGAUGGAUCUUAUUGCUGAGAUGCACACUAUAGGACUAUCCCCUAAUACUGUUACUUAUGGAGCCCUUAUUGCUGGUUGGUGCAAUGAAGGGAUGAUGGAUAAAGCUUUUAAUUUAUAUUUUGAUAUGGUUGGUAAAGGGUUGAGUCCCAAUGUCGUUAUGCAUACCAAGAUCAUCAGUAGUCUCUACAGGUUUGGGAGCAUUGAUGAAGGAAGUGUGCUGUUACAGAAGGUUGUGGAUUUCGGUACUUUUCCAGAUUGUGGAGCUUCUUUGCAGCCAUGUAAAGCUGGCAUUAGAGAAAAAGAAAUUGAAAAAAUUGCAGAUUUUCUCAUUGAAAGUGCAAAAACUGUACCUCUGCCCAACAGUAUUGUUUACAAUAUAGCUAUUCUGGGACUCUGCAAAUCUGGAAAGAUUGCUGACGCCAAGAAAUUUCUUUCUACUUUGCUUCUUCGAAAUUUUAAUCCAGAUAAUUUUACUUAUUGUACCCUUAUCCAUGCCACUGCAGCCACUGGUAAUGUUAAUGAGGCUUUCAACUUACGAGAUGAGAUGCUGAAUAGGGGUCUGGUUCCUAACAUUACUACAUAUAAUGCUCUUAUAAAUGGCUUGUGUAAGUCAGGGAAUUUGGGACGAGCACAAAGGCUUUUCUAUAAACUUCACCUGAAGGGUUUGACUCCUAAUCUCGUGACCUAUAAUAUAUUGAUAAAUGGGUACUGCAAAACUGGUGAUAUUGCUGAAGCUUUUAAGUUGAAAGACAAAAUGAUCGCAGAAGGGAUAGUUCCAUCUGUUAUUACCUAUUCUGCCUUGAUCAAUGGUCUUCGCAAGCAAGGAAAUAUGGAAGAAUCAGUGAUGCUUUCUGCUAUCAUUAUCAAAAUGGGAAUCAAAGCAAACCUUGUGAAAGAUACAAAUUUGAUUCAAGAUGAUGUCAAGGAUGAGAAUAUGCAAAAGGUCUGUGACCUUAAUAGUGUGGUACAUGAUAGGAAUCUCUCAUCUGUUAUUUAUGCCUCAUGAAGAAGUAGGUAAGUAAUGCCCUGUACACGACUCCGAAAAAGCUGUAUGUGGAUGCAUAUCAUCAAUAGACUAAAAAUUUGGAUCUUCCUCGAGGGUAACUGAUGAUUUGCUUUGGUGCACUAAUUUUUUGAGUUCAGAUUUCUACACUAAUUCAGAUCAACCCAUCCCGGCAAAUUCAUAUCAACCCAUCUCUGCUUACUGUCCAAUGAGAUACAGUAGGAUCUGUGCUGGUUGCCAAUAUGAGAUUGAUUUUGGACGCUAUCUGAAUUGUUUAAAUGCAUUUUACCAUCGAGAGUGCUUCUGCUGCCGUGCUUGCAACCUACCGAUUUCUGAAUUUGAGGGCUCGUCCAUUUUGGAUUUAGAAGUACUGCUCUUCCCAUGAACAAUGAUGGUACUUCUCAGUGCUGCAGCUGUUAAAGAAUGGAGCCACGGGACACAUGAUAUGUCAUGCUUAAUAUGGUUGAAAGCUCUGCCGAGAGUUUCUUGACUUUGCAAUCAUGAAGAUGAAGACAAGUGGACACCAACCCGUUUAUCUUGAUUUACAAGAAUGUUAUGAAGGUUUAAAUAUGAAAGUAGAGCAGCAAGUUCCAUUACUAGUUGAAAGACAAUCAUUAAAGGAAGCAAGAGGGUGAAAGAAUUGUAAUGGCACAUGGUCAAACCAUAAUAUAUCUGACAGAUUCUAUACUUUGUAAGGUUUAAUUUGACAUGUCAGACAGUGACUCAGUUUUUCAAAGGCUAUCUUUGCAUAUAUUAAUGCAAUAUGCCUUUAUGCUCAAAUGAGGGGUAUAAAUACGUUGUUACAUAUUGGAAAAUGCAUGCAACUGUUCCUGUGUUCUAACUAAAGGUGCUAUUAUGUUUAGCUUCAGAUGUGUCAUUGCCUCUUUGUUCAUAAUAAAGUGCUUGAGAAUUUUGUUC